AUCUGGUGUCAUUAAUUUAGAUGCAAGUCCACUUCUAGAUCCUCUGCCUCAUAGAGAGGCCAAGACCUCUUCACCACCCUUUCACGUCGCAGUAACAGCUACAGAUUCUCGUUACAAUAAGUGGCAGUGUCGUAUAAUGUAUUAUUGGUAUAAACAGAAAAAAGCUCUUCCCCGUUCAGACAUGGGAGGCUUCACUCGCAUUUUGCAUUCCGGUAAUCCCGACAACUUGAUGGGUGAGAUACCAACAUUUGUCGUCGACCCUCUUUCCCCAGGUCUUGAUCAGGUGAGAAACUUUCUUUUCAUCUUGAGUUUUUUUUUUUGUUAAUCUAAUAGUUUGAUGUACGUAGGGGUAUGUUGUGUUAAAUAGACCGUGGGCAUUCGUGCAGUGGCUUGAAAGAGCUACCAUCAAGGAAGAGUUAAGUCCUGUCUCCUUUCCUACAAGACAACCAAAACACUGUUUGCUAAAAUCUCCUGCAUAUGUUGUUGGUGCAGCUAUGUCCUUAUGGCAGAGCCUGAUCAUAUAUUUGUUAACCCUCUUCCCAACUUGGCUGCUGGAGGCUCCCCAGCAGUUUUUCCGUUUUUCUAUAUCACACCUCAAAAGUUCGAGAACAUAGUCAGAAAGUAUUAUCCAGUGGAGAUGGGACCUGUGACAAAUAUUGAUCCCAUUGGUAGUUCUCCUGUUAUCAUAAGCAAGGAAUCACUUGAGAAGAUUGCUCCUACAUGGAUGAAUGUCUCGUUGACAAUGAAACAUGAUCCAGAUACUGAUAAGGCAUUUGGAUGGGUUCUGGAAAUGUACGGUUACGCAAUUGCAUCUGCUCUGCAUGGGGUGCGGCACAUGCUUCGUAGAGAUCUCAUGGUUCAGCCUCCAUGGGAUUUGUCUACCAAGGCGAUGUUUAUCAUCCACUACACUUAUGCAUGCGAUUACAACAUGAAGGGUGAGCUGACAUAUGGCAAAACAGGAGAGUGGCGAUUUGAUAAGAGAUUACAUCUCAGAGGUCCUCCUCCGAGGAACAUCUCUAUGCCGCCUCCUGGUGUUCCAGAAAGUGUGGUAUGUUAUACUCACCACUAUAUAAAACAAAAUACUGAUGUGUGUCCAUCCGUUGCUCAUAAGGGAACUUAUCCGCAACAUGGCCAUUGAGACUAUAUAACUACUUCAAACCCAAAUGCUUAUCCCAAGUCUGAUGUUGUUUUUUCAAUCUCCAAGACUAAUGUACACAAGUAUGUUUAAGGUAGUUUCCAAUAUCUUUAAGGAGUAACGGUUUCUCAGAGAUGCCACUUGUGGUUAAUCAUUGACAAGAAGCGUGAAAGUGAGAAUCCAAAUUGUUGAUAACUUGCCUAAAUACAUGUGUGUGUUGU